AUGGAAGGCAAAUGUGAAGAUGUUAAACCUUCUGAGUCCAUUCAAUGGCCGUACAUGAGCAUAAGUUCAUUAGCUAGGUCAUUUUUGAGCAAGUUGGCAACUGUCGGUAUUAUUUGGGGAUGGGGAUACUUAAAUUUAAAUAUAGCUUGGUUAAUUGCACCAAUUGUUUUGAUAACAUGGAAAGCAGAGCAUAGGAAAGACAAUGAAUUGAGAGUAAUUAUGGCUCAAUCCACUGUGAUGGCCAAAGAAAAAAGAUUGAUAAUGGACCGAUUAGAUGAAUUACCUUCUUGGGUUUAUUUUCCUGAUUUUGAUAGAGUUGAAUGGCUAAAUAAAGUUUUAUACAAAGUCUGGCCAAGCAUUAAUCAAUUUGCUCGUGAACUUUGUAAGCAAACUAUAGAACCUGCUAUCAUUGAGAAAUUAGCGGAGUAUAAAGUAAAAGGAUUUCAGUUUGAAAGAUUAGUUUUGGGUCGCAUUCCUUUAAAAAUCUAUGGAAUUAAGGCAUAUGAUAAAAACACUUCAAGAAACGAAGUCAUUAUAGAUGCUGAUAUUAUAUAUGCAGGUGAUUGUGAUAUUACUUUUUCUGUUGGAAAUAUAAAGGGUGGUAUUAAAGAUUUUCAGAUUCGUGGAAUGAUGAGAAUAGUUUUGAAACCGUUAUUACCUGCUAUGCCGUUAGUUGGAGGUAUACAAGCAUUUUUUCUAAAUCCUCCUGCUAUUAAUUUCAAUUUAAUGGGAAUAGCAGAUGUCCUUGAUUUACCGGGAUUCAAUGAGAUUUUAAGAAAAACAAUAGUGGAACAAAUAGGAGCCUUCGUAGUAUUACCAAAUAAAAUUGUUAUACCGUUAAGUGAAUCAGUACCAGUUGAAUCGUUAAAAAUACCAGAGCCUGAGGGUGUUUUAAGAAUUCAUGUAGUAGAAGCAAAGCAUCUAAUGAAGAAAGAUAUCGGAGUAUUGGGUAAGGGUAAAUCUGAUCCAUACGCUAUUAUAAAUAUUGGAGCGCAAGAAUUCAGAACAAAAACUAUAGAUAAUACUGUAAAUCCAAAAUGGGAUUUUUGGUGCGAGUGUGCUGUGAUGUCAGCCAUUGCUCAACAAAUUACUGUGCUGCUGUGGGACUAUGAUGAUACUAAGGGUGACGAAAGUCUUGGAAGGGCUACGGUUGAGGUCAGCAGAGUAAAAAAGAAGGGAAAUAUUGAUACAUGGAUUUCAUUGGAACAAGCAAAACAUGGCAUGAUUCAUUUAAGAUUAACAUGGCUUCAGUUUUCAAAAAAUAUUACUGAUUUGAAAACUGCUUUAAUUGAAACACAGGAACUUCGAGUAACAUCAAUGAGUACAGCUCUUCUCAUUCUUUAUGUUGAUUCAGCUAAGAAUUUGCCAUGUGUUCGAGGAAAUAAGCAGCCUGAUGUCUAUCUUGAAGCAAGUGUCGGUGCAACCAUUAAAAGAACCGCUACCAUGUUACGUUCCUCUGAUCCAAUAUGGGAACAAGGUUUUACUUUUCUAAUUAGCAAUCCCGAAACUGGUAUCUUGCAUAUAAAGAUUACAGAUGAAAAGACUGGUCUUAUAGUAGGAGAAAUGAGUUACAAUAUCUCGUUACUUUUAAAACAAAAUAAUUUAGAAAUUCCACAACAGCCUUAUGAUCUGCAAAUGGCUGAAGCAGAUAGCAAGUUAAUACUUUCUAUGUCAUUAAAUAUUCUGAAGUAUGAGGAACCUGUACCUACAUCAGAGGAAGAUGACGAUGAUCAUGAUAUUAACCAGUUGAAUAAAAGAAUUGAACGCCAGGAAUCAAAUAUUAGUAAUAUGUCAUCUAAAAACUUUUCACCUACUCCAUUGAAAAAACAAUCGUCAAAAGAAUCAAUAAUUAGUGCAACGCAUAGUACUGGAUCAGAUGCAGCUGCUGUACCUGAAGACCGAGCUCCAUUAGAGGAAGAGUUCAUUGUCGCUAGUGUUGAUCAAUCUAUUACUGAAAGCCCAAAGCUAAUUCAUAGAAAUCUAAGUGUAACAUCAUCCGCUGGUGAAUCAAAAUUAGGUCGAAUACAGUUAUCCUUACGUUAUAGCGUACAAAGGCAAAAGCUUAUAAUCGUUGUGCAUAAAAUAGCUAAUUUACCUCUGCCACAAAAUGAUAUACAUAAUAUACCGGAUCCUUAUGUAAAGUUAUAUCUACUUCCGGAUCGCCAUAAGGAAACCAAACGUAAAACAGCAGUAAUGAAGGAUAAUUGUAAUCCAGUAUUUGAUGAGCAAUUUGAAUACGUUGUUUCUCAAGCUGAUUUAAAUUCUCGUACAUUGGAAGUAUCUGUUUGUACCCAAAAGGGUUGGUUAUCCACUGGGAGCAAUGUAAUGGGUCAAUUACAUUUGAAUCUAAAUGAAAUCGAUAUGACAAAAUCAUCCACAAGUUGGUACGAUUUACAGCCAGAGACUAGGGACUAGAAGAUAAAGGAAAGCAACUGAAAAUUUGAAUAGUUCUUUAUGUGCUUGAAUGAUCUAUUGAAUUUUCACGAUACAGUUUCUCCAAACGUUCAUGAAAUAAUGUGAUCAUAUUUGAAUUUCAAAUGAAAAAGUAUUGAAAAGAGUACCAAAAUAUUUGGUAUUACAGUGAAUAUAAAAGAUUUGAAGAAAAGAUAACGAUUACAUGUCUUUUUGCACUUGGACCGUCCACUGUUAAAAACAAAAAAGCGCUUUUUAUAAUGUAAUUUGAUUUACAUAUGAUCUGAAUUUUAUUUUGCAACCGUCAUUGAAUAUUCUACUGUUGCUAGUAUAUGUAAGUUCUUAAGUACAUACAUAUGAAUGUACAUACAGUACCAAGCAUAAA